AUGGAGAAUGUCCGAUUCCUCAACUUGAAGUCCAUGACCGACGGCGAGAUAUCUGCUCCUCGACCACAUUUGUGCGAUGGUGUCGAGCCCGAAAGAGUCAAGGAUAGGGUGAGAGACGAGUUGGAGACAAUCAUUGCGCCGAGCAGAGAUUCUCGGAACGUGCUCGUGACCAAUUUUUUCCUCCAAGCCAAGGGCCCGCAUGGGAGAAUCGGUAUUGCUCAGAAACAGGUGACACUCGAAGGGGCUUAUGGCUCACGGAUGAUGCAUGCUGUGCAGAACUUUGGUAAAGAGACCCCGGAAUUCGAUGAUAAUGCGUACACAUUUAGUGCUACCUACAUCGAAGGAAUCCUUUGUCUCUUUGCACACCAUGUUGCGGCGCCGACCAUUCAUACAAAUCGCCACCCGGGAUAUCACAUCACCCUUCUGAGAGGCUUCCACCUAUUCGAUAAGUCGAAUUUUGCGGACGGAAUAUAUGCUUUCCGAGCCCUGAGACAACUUGCUCACAAAUAUCGUGAGGAAUUUAUCGAAGUAGCAAAUGAAAGGGCAGCCAAUAUGCCUAGACUUCAGGAAGCACGCGGGACAGAUACGGGCAAAGAUGGCACGAACGAGAUGCCUUCGAGGCCUGGGGAUGAUGAAUAUGAGGGCGAGGAUGAAGCCAGUGCACCUGAGAAAGACAGCGAUGCAAACUUUGUUGAGGAAGGGAUAGAGCUUAGCUAA